GGAGCACUUAUAUAACAUGUGCUAGUGGUUAUUUAAUAAAGUCAAUUAUUAUUUAACAACUUGAAAGCUUCUGAUCUGUGAAUUUACCUUUAACUAAUUAAACAAACAUGGAGUUUAAAUUUUUAGUUUUUUUAUUUAUCACUAAUUUUAUUGUGGGUGUCAUUUCAACGGACUAUGAAUUAAAAUUUGUGACAGUUGUAUUCCGUCAUGGCGACCGGACACCAGAAAAAGAGGAAUCUUACCCAAAUGAUCCAUAUCUACAUGAAGAUUUUUAUCCUCUUGGCCGUGGUCAAUUGACAGUGGCUGGCAAACGGCGGGAGUAUCAAUUGGGUCAGGCAUUACGUAAUCUGUACGAUGAUUUCCUGGGUGAUAUUUAUAAUCCAAAAGAUAUAAUAGCACGUAGUACAGAUUAUUAUAGAACGAGAAUGUCUUUGCAACUUGUCGUCACUGCGAUGUAUCCUCCGAAAGGUCCACAAGUGUGGAAUGACAGUUUAAAUUGGCAGCCGAUUCUCACAUCCUAUGUUCCGGAAGUCGAUGAUACUCUUUUGAAACCUGACUCAUGCCCACAAUAUAGAGAAGAAUUUAAAAAAGUAUUAAAAUUACCCGAAGUACAAAAAGAAAUCGAUCGAUUUCGGCCGGUUAUGGAAAAUCUCACUGCGGUGACUGGGAAAGAGAUAUCCACAGCCUUAGAUUUGUUUCUUCUGUCCAAUGGAUUGGUAGCUUUAGCCGAAAUCGGUCGUCCACUUCCGAAAUGGUCUGAAGGAAUUUUUCCCGAGGGUCUGCUUCUCGAUGCAUCAAACUUUCAGUAUAAAAUAAUGGUUUAUAAUGAUAAUCUUAAACGGUUGACCAGUGGCAUGGUUAUCAGAAACAUCACAGAUACGAUGAAUGAUAUAGUCAAUGGAAAACUUUCAAACUAUCAAAAAAUGAAUAUUUUCAGUGGCCAUGACGCAAAUGUCGCGUAUCUUCUUGCAGUUCUAAGUGACCUCGAUCCACAUGUCCCGAAAUUUUCCGCUAGUGUCAUCGUUGAAUUUCUUCAGAAAAAUGAUGACUAUUAUGUUAAGGCACGCUAUUAUCAGGGAAUCCCACCGACUGUCAUUGAUUUAAAAAUACCAGGCUGUGAUAUUCUCUGUCCAUUUAAUGAGUUUAUGAAAUUAAUGAAAAAUUUCAUACCUUCUGAUGAAGAAAUAAAGUGUAAUAAAAAAGAACAACCAAUAUAACUCUGAGAUUAUAAUAAAUACUAUAAUAUACAAAUCAUAUAGACUUUAUUAUUUAUCAAGAUUUUUUUUUAUAACGAAUCAUUUUGAAGAGUUAUUUGAUAUAAUAAAAAAUUUUUUUCCAAGCAAUAUCAGAAUAAAAUGAUCGUCAGCAAAAUGAUGUGGACGGAUGUCGAAGCAAAUUGACUCCAUGAUUUCAUUGAAAACAAAGUAAUUAAAAAGUAAAAAAAAUAAGUAAGUCGACUUUUAUCAAUACUUAUAAAUAAAUCGAAUAUAUACUCGAUAAUGACACUUAAAUGGAUCAGCGAAAUCAUUUUUUUUAUCAUAACAGGUAUU